AUGAAUCCACAACAUCGUUGGGAAAACGAUGAUGACAAUGCGUGCAUGCUCAGUGGAAAUGCCGAUGGCAGAGUCAGCAUUCAUGCAUUAGUUUGUCAAACAAUAAAAGUGGCAUUGCCGACGGACUUCAGCAGUGUUCUUUGGAUGGCUUCACAAAUGGUUACCAUGAUUUUUGUGGGACACUGCCUUGGCGAGGAUGGGUUGUCACAGUACAGUGCUGGGAUUUUGGUAUUUAACGUUACGGCCAUGUCUAUUGUUAGUGGUUUGAAUUCGGCUAUAGAUACGAUAAGUUCUCAGGCUUUUGGACGGAAUCCACGAUCUUCUGUGAUUGGCGAAACACUGCAGCGUGCACUCAUCGUUAAUAUGGUUUUGUGGAUUAUUAUGAGCGUUGCCUUUCUUAACAGCAAACCCAUUAUGGUUUACGUUUUUGGAGAAGCCGUUGGAGAUGGUGCUGCGAGGUUUUUGGGGAUGUGCCCACUGUACUUAUUGACACAGAUUAUUACUGGAAUUAUAAGCAAGACGCUAUAUGCUCAGUGUCUUUCUUCCCUCGUUGUUUAUUCUAACGCCGCAGCGGCACUUACUUCUCCUGUAGCUAACUAUUUUCUAAUAUUUAUGGGAAUUGAAGGAGCAGCUUUAUCACAGGGGUUGACUGGAAUGAUGUGUGCUGUUACCGAUGUGUUGCUUUGUCUUUUUCACCCUGAAGUUGUCGUCCGGGAGGCGCAGUGGCCUUCCCCGGCACUUUGUCAUAAAUCUGGCUGGAUACAUUUUUUUAAAGUUGGGAUACCUUCUCUGAUCGCAGUGUGUUCGGAGUGGUGGGCCUUUGAAGUGCAGGCAUUAUUUGCUAUUUCUAUUUCACCACUUGCGUUGGCAGUUUUUGGUGUGGCAAUGAACAUCAUAUCCGUGAUGUUUUCAAUAGCACUUGGGCUGAGUGUCUCAGCAAGUACCAUUAUUGGAAAUUCGCUGGGGGGUCAACGACCUUUAUUUGCAUCACAGUACGCCAGGUUUAUCUUGAUCUGCGAUGUGAUGAUUGGUAUAUGUACUGCAGUGGCUAUGGGCUACUUUGGAGGACACAUUGCACGUCUUUACACAAAUGUUCCUGAGAUGGCAAGCGCGGUGGAGUCUGUGAUGCCAUUUGUCAUAUUGUGUCAUAUUGGAGAUUCUCUUCAGUAUUGUUUACAAGGCGUUUUUCGUGGUGCUGGACGACAGGAGCAAGCGGCGCGUGGUGUGGUCUUUACAUUAUGGCUCGUCGGUUUACCAGCGUCAGCGCUUUACGUUUUUGUUUUCAAUUGGGGCGUAAGAGGUGUGCUCGGUGGCCUUUUGACUGGAUUUUGCUUUGAAAUUCCGCUCUUGUAUUACCUGAUGUCUCAAUGGGAUUGGAGGGUUCUGGCACAGGAGGCUCAGGUUUUAUCAGCCCUGCAAGAAUUUGUUGUACUGGAGAGUGUUUUCCAGAACGACGAAAGUAGCGAGCACGACAGUGAUGUUUCUGUAAAAAAGGAGGUUGAAUUGGAGGCAGUUGUAUACAAUCGAACUGACUCACAGUAUAAACUACGUUAA